UGCAUCUAUGCAAAUCUGAUUCCGGAACAAGCAUUUGUUCUGCCUGCUUUGGUAUUGACAGACCGUCGAUAAAAUAAAAAGCUUAUGUUUUGACUCAUUCAAGCUCUUUCGGUUAUUGAACAGAUAUUCCAAUGAUCUUUUUUCUCAAAUUGACCUUCAUUGUCUUGCUUCUCAGUAUGCGUUUUGCUAUGCUAGCAUACUGCUCGGAUUCGGACAGUGAUUCUGGUUCCUUGAUACGCAUCCACAGGCAUCCUCAACUUCAACAAAUGGUACGUGAUCACCAUUUACAGACAGCAAAAUUGCAUUCGAUUAAAGGAAUACAGCUAUCCAGGGAUGCUCUAGAAAAAGGGGCAGAUCGAUCAGUGGAGCUGAAUCUACAUGCGUUAGUGGAUUCGUGCGAAUGCCGUCACUUAGACGCAGCGAGCAAGAUUGCUACGGCCAGAAGAACUUCUCUAGCAGGAUGUGCUGGAUGUUUGCAUGCUUCAAUUACCAGUGGAAAGAAUACGAUUAAACAUCUUUACAAAUCAAUUACCCAACCUAAAAAAGUACGAACUGACGACCAGCAUUUUGAACGUGUUCGUCAUGACAAUCGUCAAUUACGCGAGGACUACCGUGGCAUGCAGGAUCAGAUCGAUUACAUUAGUCAACAUCAUUAAAAUUUGGUCUUUCGCUGCUGAUCCUUAUGGCAGGUUUGUGGUCGCCUUAAAUGCAAGCACAGCUUUCUGUUUGGAUUCGUAGGCCACGUUGUAUGUGUUCGAAUACUAUAUCGAAGUAUCGUGGUACAGCAUCGUGGUAUAAUCAAAUAUGCGGAUUGCAGGAGUUAUUUG